UCCAGAUUCGCUCUCGAUUCAAGGAACUGUACUAGACGGCUACUUCUGAUGAUGGAUUCCUCCUGGACCAAUCAAUCCUCCUCCCUCAGCCUCGACCUCAGCGUCGGCCCUCUUCGGUCUCCCGACCAUGCUCCGCCCGAUCAAAGGAGUCCACCAAGAAAAGAAGAGGUCGGAGUUAUAGAGGCCAAGCUGAACCAGAUAAGCAAGGAGAACAAGAGGCUCGCCGAGAUGGUCAGCGACAUGCACAUGAACUACAGCGCUCUCCGCGGUCGAUUGUUCGAUCUCGCAAGCAUCCCUCCCCAGGAAAAAGGGUCAGUCUCGCCGAAGAGGAAGAGGGUCGACGGAGUCAGCUGCAAGUACCAGAUCAAGCAUGGCGAAGACCCCAUGCCCAAGACCUCCAAGAUGUACGUCCGAAUCGACCCGACCGAUUCGAGUUUGGUGGUGAAGGAUGGGUAUCAAUGGAGGAAAUAUGGUCAGAAGGUCACCAGAGACAACCCCUUCCCUCGAGCUUACUUCAGAUGCUCCUUUGCUCCUUCCUGUCCCGUCAAGAAGAAGGUUCAAAAGAGCGCAGAAGAUGGAUCGCUCUUGCUGGCGACAUACGAAGGCGAGCACAACCACGAGCGGCCUUCGCGGGAUGAUGUGUACGGUUUUUCGGAUCACAGUGCAGCAGCAGUACUCCCGUGUCCAUCGAUCGUUGUAGAACACACCUCGCAACCUUACGAUCUCGACGAGGUCGAAAUGCCAACGCUGCAGAGACUGCUGGUGGAGCAGAUGGCCUCGGCGUUGACCAAAGAUCCAAGCUUCACUGCUGCGAUCGCCACUGCGAUAUACGAGAGAAUGCUUGGGUCUCCACCAGCUUAUCACUGAGUACAUACAUUCUACGACUUGUGCUGUACAAAAGAAGAGAACUCAAUCUCACCGACCAAUGAUUAGCUCUUCAAUCCUGUCGCGCAUGAGGCCAAUCAAUCAAUCAAAAAGAGAAACAAAUAUGUAACGCUACAUAUCAGUAUGUCGAAUUUCCAAUAGCACAGUGAAAAAUCAUGUCUGAGAUAGGAGAAGGUUCAUAGGAAAUAAUCAAUGUUGUGCCGUGCUUAUGUGAAUGGAGUUGAGAUACUUAUAAAAGAAGAAAUGAAAAAGAUUUUUUUUUCGUGAA